AUGGCGUACAUGAGGACGCAGGUGCAGGGCGAACGGAUCCCUUCGCAGCUGGAGGCCCUGGCCCAGCCCCAUGUCGACUCCUACGACUUCUUCCUGGGGGAGGGCAUGCAGCACGUGAUAGACAACAUGGACGGAAUAGAGAUUGAGCAGCCCGUGAGCAAGACGCGGCACCGCUUCUGGUUUGAGAACCCCUCGGUGUCGCGGCCCAUACGGGAGGACUCGGGGGCGGCGGCCAGCGGCGACCAGCGCCUGUUCCCGCGGGAGUGCAGAGAGGCGCGCACCACCUACAAGGCCCCUUUCACCUGCGACUUGGUCUACCAGGUUGAGGGCAUGCCCGAGCAGCGGCUGAGCAAGCGGCUGGGCGGGCUGCCCGUCAUGCUGAAGAGCAAGGCGUGCUACCUGCGCAACAUGACGCGGCGGGAGCUGGUGGCGCGCAAGGAGGAGAGCAACGAGUUUGGCGGCACCUUCAUCUGCAACGGCAUCGAGCGCAUCAUCCGCAUGCUGAACCGGCGGCACUACAUCAUGGCUCUGCGGCGGGGCGCGUACCACAAGCGGGGGCCCUCCUUCACCGAAAUGGCCACACUGAUCAGGUGUGUGCGGCAGGAUGAGAGCAGCCUGACCAACCGCUGCCACUACCUGGCGGACGGCUCCUGCGUGUUUGCGCUGACCAUCCGCAGGGCAGAGUACUUCAUCCCCGCCGGCAUCGUGCUCAAGUGCUUCCUGGAGGUGUCUGACCGCGAGCUGUACGGCAAGCUGGUGGGCAGCGUGGCGGCGGGGUCGGGCCACCAGAGCUUUGUGGCGGAGCGCGCCGAGCUGCUGCUGCGACAGGCCAAGCAGUUUGGGCUGCACACCAGGGUGCACUGCGUGGAGUACCUGGGCCGCCUGUUCCGCGCCACCUUGGACGCCCCAGACCGCAAGACAGACUACCAGGUGGGCGAGCAGCUGCUGCGCGACCUGCUGUUCAUCCACCUGGACCAGCCGGCCGACAAGCUGCAGCUGACGGUGCAGAUGCUGCUCAAGCUGUACGCGCUGGCCGACCGGCAGUGCGGGGAGGACAACCCCGAUGCGCUGACGCACCACGAGGUGCUGCUGCCCGGCCACCUGCUGCUCAAGGUGCUGCGGGAGCAGCUGGAGACGGCACUGGAGGCCUUCCGCCAGCAGGUGCGGCGAGACCUGGACACGCGGCCCGAGGUCGUCAACCUGCAGGACGAGCAGUACAUCCGCAAGACCGCCGAGCGCAUGCAGGAUGUGGGCGCCAAGUUUGAGUACCUGCUGAACACCGGCAACCUGGUGAGCCGCAGCGGGCUGGACCUGUCCCAGUCCACAGGGUACCUGAGCCACUUCCGCUCCAUCCACCGCGGCGCCUACUUUGCGGAGCUGCGCACCACCACAGUGCGCAAGCUGCUGCCCGAGUCCUGGGGCUUCCUGUGCCCCGUGCACACCCCCGACGGCUCGCCCUGCGGCCUGCUCAACCACUUCACCGCCGCGUGCAGGGUGGUGACGCAUGAGUCGGAGGAGCCAGAGGAGGUGCUUGCGGCUGUCACCAAGGCAAGCGCGGGGGUGCUGGGCGGGCUGGGCAUGGUGCCUGUGGCGCCCAACCUGCCGGCGCCGCCGACCCCGGGCCACCUCUGCGUCCAGGUGGAUGGGCGGGUGGUGGGCCACGUGCGCGCCAGCCUGGCGGGUGCCAUGGUGGCGCACCUUCGCGCCAUCAAGGCAGCCAGCCUGGCAGCGGAGGAGCAGCUGACGCCAGGCGCCACGCUGGUGCCGCUGCACGAUGAGGAGAUGUCUGUGCCCAGCCAUGCCGAGGUGGUGCACAUCCCGUAUGAGCGGGGGGCGCCCUACCCUGGUAUCUUCAUCUUCACUCAGGCACGCACACCUGGGAGGGAGGCGGCCCGCAUGAUCCGCGCGGUCAGGCAGAUUGCCAGCGGCGCGGCAGAGAUGAUUGGCAGCCUGGAGCAGAACAACAUGGCCAUUCGCAUGCCAGACGGCGGCGAGGGCGGCACCAAGGGCCUCAAGUUCACGCAUGCGGAGUUUGCCACCGGCUCCAUGCUGAGCGUGGUGGCCAGCCUGACCCCCUACUCUGACUUCAACCAGUCCCCCCGCAACAUGUACCAGUGCCAGAUGGCCAAGCAGACGAUGGGCACGCCCGCGCAGGCGCUGGCGCACCGCACAGACAACAAGAUGUACCGCAUACAGACGCCGCAGACGCCCAUCGCGCGUACCAAGCG